GCUAGUGAUGCCUUCCUUUAUGCCGUGAGAGCCGCCGAAGAAGCCUUCAAUUCUCUUAAAGCCACCGUCCCACAACAAUUAAUUCCAUUAAUGGACGGUGAUAGCAUUUUUACAACAAAUAACACCGAUCACGUGACAAGAGCUGGCAGCAUAGAUGAGCCGGCAAAACUGGUCCUACAGUAUAAAAAAUCCAGAAAGCAACGACGUCCCAGAAAGUUUAGCCCAUCCCCUUCGGUUCCUUCCAACUUUCGUGAUGAGGUGACAGAUAAUCUUCUGAUUUCUCAUUCAAACUCAGGUAAUAAUUUGGAUAUUUGUCAGAAUCAUAUUCCACCACCGCAAGACAAUGAAGAUAAUGCAUAUGAAAUGGUUUCUUCAACAGUUAGAGACGAACAAUAUGAUGAAAAAGAUACUUAUAUUAAAAAAGAAAUAAUUGAUGGACAAACUUUUUCGAAUUUCAUCAAUAAUGUUAUCAACACGCGGGAUGAUGAUAAUGUCGAAAAUUCACCGCAACUUAUCUCCGAAUCUUCUGGCAAAGAAAAAGAAAAAGAUGUUAGGUCACUUUUACCAACAAAACGAAAAAUCAUUACUCGUUCAUAUCUUCGAGGUUUAGGGGCAUCUUCGGAAUCAGUUCAAAUGCUGACGGACGGCGUAACUAGAAUACGUAGAAAGCGAAGAAAGGACCCGCAAUGUUCAAUCCAGUUACCCGAUGCUGAUGUUCAGAAGAGAGCGAAACAUCCUCAUGUUACUAGUAAUAUUCACUCUAAGGAAAUUUCCAACCUUGACUUAGAGACACCUUUUCAACCCUCGAUAAAUAAUGAAGUUCGAGAAGUAAGAUCCUCUAGUAGUGUGGAGCCCAUUUCUGCGCAAGAACCCGGAACUCAAAAUGAGGCGAGCGCAAAUUCCCGUGAUUCUAAAAUCUUUUCACAAACAAAUUCACAAAUCUCGACGAAUAAAAGCAUUCGUAAGAGGGGAAAACCUAUACUUGCUCAAAGAUCCGAUGACAGCAUCGUUGAAAAAACUGUAAAUCAAGAAAGAUCUCGGAAAGAAAUCGAAUCCCAAGUUGUUCGAAAGCAUAAAAGACCAUCUACUUCCGUAAAACGUGCAACAACUACAAGAGAAAAGGGAAAAGAGCCAAUAAGGCAUAGCUUUAAUGAUAGAUCAGAACAUUCAAAUAAAAAUGCCUUAGGAAUUCCCAAAUUGAGAGCCGCCCGUAAAUUUGCCGCACCUGUUCGCAAACCUGUCCCAGAAAAACCUGAACGUCCAUUAGGUUCUUUUGGUUAUUUUCGGCAAGAAAUGUACGAAAAACGAGAUGUCGAGUUUCCAGGUUUGUCCUGGAGAAAAGCGCUUAAGUUUGUCGCCGAACGUUGGCAUACAAUGGACGAAGAAUCUAAGAAGAAAUAUCAAGAAAUGCAAAAAGAGGCAGGUGAACGGUUCAAGAUUGAGAAUCGUGAAUACAUCGAAUAUUUGGAAGAACAUGGCCUGAAAGUAGAAAACAAGAAACAAAAAAAUUUAAACAAAUCUUCAAAAUCAGGGGAUGAACCUAUGUAA